UCCGUUUCAUGCACAGUCUUUCCCAAAGCUCUGAGACUUAAAAACAAUAUUGAUUCAAGUUGUAGAAGCCUCCCCUCCUCUCUCUAACACCCUCCGCCGCCACCACCAAUUGAACCAAAAGCCCCCUCUGAAACAUUAGCAUUUGAUAUGGGUAGUUUUGAGAAAACAGGGGAGGAAGAGAAGCAGAGAACCGAAACUGUGCCGUCUGAUCUCAACGAUUUCACUAUCAUCAAAGAAGGAGAAGCUGAAAUUAUCAUGCACGCCAAAAAUGAAGUCUUUUACAACAAAACCCAGGUGAACAACAGGGACAUGUCUAUUGCUGUCCUGAGGACAUUUAUUUCCAAACGCAAACGGGAGCAUGAAGCAAUGAUUUCCAGAAGAACAAAAACAACACAAAAGGUGUCAGGAGGGAAUGUUUCCAAACCAGAAGCAUCUGUGGAGUCUGCUAUGCAUAAUGAAAUAUCUAAUGGCAAAUGUGAAGAGUCAGAAGAGAUAUCAAAUGAUGAAUUACUGAUCUCAGAAGAAGCAGUCAAAAAACUUGAGGGAAAAGGACAAGGGGAGUUGAAGCCGCCAAGAGUUCUUGAGGCUUUGUCAGCUUCAGGGUUAAGAGCUUUAAGAUAUGCCCGUGAAGUAGAAGGUAUUGGUCAAGUUGUGGCCCUGGACAAUGAUAAAGUUUCUGUUGAAGCUUGCAGGAGAAAUAUAAAAUUUAAUGGUUCAGUGGCAUGUUCGAAGGUGGAGUCACACCUUGCUGAUGCCCGAGUUUACAUGCUCACCCACCCAAAAGAAUUUGAUGUGGUUGAUCUCGAUCCUUAUGGUUCACCUUCUGUUUUCCUGGACUCCGCGGUUCAAUCGGUUGUUGAUGGAGGCAUGUUAAUGUGUACAGCAACUGAUAUGGCAGUGCUAUGUGGGGGUAAUGGGGAGGUUUGCUAUUCAAAGUAUGGUUCCUAUCCACUGAGGGGAAAAUAUUGCCAUGAAAUGGCCUUGAGGAUCCUCCUUGCCUGCAUUGAGAGCCAUGCAAAUCGAUACAAGCGGUAUAUUGUUCCAGUGCUAUCCGUGCAGAUGGAUUUUUACGUUCGGGUUUUUGUUCGCAUAUACACUUCUGCAAGUGCAAUGAAGAACACUCCUCUUAAGCUCUCUUAUUUAUAUCAGUGCACUGGAUGUGAUUCUUUUCAUCUUCAGUCGAUUGGGAGGACUGUAUCCAAGUAUAACAGUGUAAGGAACCUACCUGGGUUCGGUCCUGUUGUUCCGCAAGAGUGCACUGAUUGUGGGAAGAAAUACAACAUGGGUGGGCCUCUAUGGUCUGCUCCUAUUCAUGAUCAAGAAUGGGUAACUUCCAUAUUAGCGGAUGUGAAAUUAGUGAGGGACAGUUAUCCUGCUUAUGAUCGAAUCUCUGCUAUAUUGACAACAAUUUCAGAGGAAUUGCCUGAUGUUCCUCUGUUUCUGAGUUUGCACAAUCUCUGUGGAACGUUAAAAUGCACUUCACCUUCAGCAGUGAUAUUCCGCUCUGCUGUGAUCAAUGCAGGAUAUCGUAUAUCAGGAACUCAUGUGAAUCCAUUAGGGCUAAAAUCAGAUGCUCCCAUGGAUGUCAUUUGGGACAUAAUGCGUUGCUGGGUCAAGAGUCAUCCCGUGAAAGCACAGCCUCCUGAUCAGGCAGGAAGUGUUAUACUUGCCAAGGAACCAGUUCUCCAAGCUAAUUUUGCACGAGCUGUUGCAUCCCUUAGCAAAGCACAAGCCAAGAAGGUUGCCCGGUUCCUUCCAAAUCCUGAAAGGCACUGGGGCCCAAAGCUCAGAGCAGGUCGUCAGAUUACCGAGAAACACAUUUCUCUUUUAGGUCCACAAGCAGUGAAUGGGAUUAACAACCACGACGAAGGUGAUGAACCCCAAGCCAAGCGCAAGAAGACAGAAGAUCCAACUUCCAUUGAAUGAGAAAUGAGCGAACCUCCUUUUAAUUUGUUCAUGUACCUUUGCUCCAGCCAAUUUUGAGUUCCAUCCUCUCUCACUCUGUGAUUUUUCACUCUCCGAAUCAUUGAAGAUAUAAACCAUCUUAUAUUCUAAGCAGCAGAAUAUAAGACACCUUUCCAAUGUUUAAUAAUUUUGCAAAAUGCCCUUAGGGAACUGAGGAUAAAAACUGAUUAGGCGUUAAUUUUUUACUUUAUAAAGUGCAAUGUAGGCUUUUACUCUUUUUUCCUUUUUAAUUUACUUUAUUUAUUCACAUACUAUUGUAACAAGUUAAUUUUUUGUUCUGCUGUGUGGACCAUGUUAAUGUAAGGUGCCUUGUUGAAUUUUGUAUGAAGAGGGAAUUAUGAUCUCUGAUUUUAAAUGUAAAUUUAUAUUUAUGUUGUA